AUGAGUUUCUUUAGGUCCAAAAAGAUGAGAUAUUAUAGUUUAGUAAUUCCAAGAGAAAGUGCCUGGGUUGUGAUGAAUGAAUUAGCAAGAUUAGGAUAAUUGCAUUUUGUAGAUUAUGAUCCACAAUUACCUAUGAUUAAUAGACCCUUUGCUAAUUAUGUUAAAAGAUGUGAUGAUUCACUUUUUAAAUUGAGUUGUCUAGAGCUACUCCUAAAGGAAUUCAAAAAAGAUCUUAAUUAUUGUGAAAACGUAGACGGUUUGCUGGAUCACUUCCAAGAAGUUCAAUACAAUCGAAUGAAGCCAGGUCAUACGUAUUUUGAUGAAUUGGAGUCAGAAAUAGAUCAAAAAAAAAUAUAAAUCCAAGAGUAAUCUGCUAAUUUGCAUAAUAUAUUGGAUAGAGUGAAUGUAAUAACAGAAUAAUAAUUGGUCUUGGAAAAUGCAAAAGAAAUUCUAGGUCAAUCAAUGUUCUAAUAAUAAACACCACAUAAUGCAAAUGAAUAUUAAUAAUUAAAAUUUGGUUAAUUAAUAGGUGUAAUUGAUAAAGAAGAAGAAGUGAGAUUUAAAAGAAUUAUAUUUAGAGUUACUAAAGGCAACGCAUGGGUCUAAAUUAAAGAUUUAAAUAAUGAAUAAAUAGAUAAUUCCAUGAGAAAAUCAUUUCACCUUAAUUAAAAUAAUACAUCUUAACCAAGAUGUCUCUUUGUAAUUGUAUAUCCUGGAGCUGAAGAAUCAGGUUCUUUGAGAAUGAAAUUGAUGAAAGUGUGUGACUCAUUUAAUAGAUAGAGAAUUGAGUAUCCAAACUCGAUGGAUUAAUUGCAAAAAAAAAUGAUAGACUUAACUUAGUAAUUAUAGGAAGCUAAGAAUUUAAUAGAAAUGACAAAGAAAUAAUUGGAGUAAUCAUUAGAUGAUUUGGUUUUGUAGAAAUAGGGAUGUAAUUGCUCUUAUUUUGAAUACAUGCGUUUAUAUGUAUUGAAGGAGAAGUAUCUUUAUGUAAAUUUAAAUUACUUAACAAUGAGAGGAUCAAUCUUUACAGGAUAUUUUUGGUUGCCAGAAGGAUUGGAAGUAAUGGUUGAAGAAAAACUCAGAAAUGCUAUGCAAAAUAAUCGAGAUCAUUAUCCAACUGGUUAAAUUCAAGAAAUAAAACCAUAAUCAAUAACUCCUCCUACUUAUUUCAAUUUGAAUGAAGUUACUAUGCCUUUCUAAGAAAUCGUUAAUACUUAUGGCGUACCUCGAUAUUAGGAAGUCAACCCUGGUUUAUUCACCAUAAUAACGUUUCCAUUCUUAUUUGGAGUAAUGUUUGCAGAUAUAGCUCAUGGUUUUAUGCUAUUUCUGUGUGGAAUUUAUUUAAUAUUUUGGAAAAAGUAACUCCUUAAAUAAACAGAUUCAAUGUUCAAUUUGAUGAUACCAUUCAGAUAUCUAGUAGUAUUGAUGGGAUUCUUUGCACUUUAUAAUGGAAUCAUUUAUAAUGAUUACCUAUCGAUAUCUUUGAAUCUUUUUGGCAGCUGUUAUACACCAGAAAAUGGAGAAUGGAAAAGAGAAUCAAAAGAUUGCGUUUAUCCAUUUGGUGUUGAUCCAGUUUGGUAAGCUUCUGGUUCAAGUUUGAAUUUCAUGAAUUCAUAUAAAAUGAAACUAUCUGUCAUUUUAGGUGUGAUUCAUAUGUUAUUUGGUAUUCUAAUGAAAGGAGUCAAUACCUUGUAUUUUAAAAACUAUGUAGACUUUUUUUGUGAAUUUAUUCCUCAAUUGUUAUUCAUGAUUUGUACCUUUGGAUGGAUGGACUUAAUUAUAAUAGUCAAAUGGUUGAACUCAUAUGAAAAUAAUACUGAUCCAAGCAUUAUUGAAACUAUGAUUAACCAAGUCUUGAAACCAUUUGACAAGCCUGUUAAUCCUGUUUUUCCAAACAAUCCUGAGUUUCAGUUACAAAUAACACAAAUUCUAACAUUGAUUGCUGUUGUCUGUAUACCUUGGAUGCUUCUUCCUAAACCAUUGAUUUUGGGUGGUAAGAGUGAUAAGAACAAAGUGUCUAUGUCUGAUUCUCAAUAUUAGCCUUUGGUAUUAGAAAAACAAGUUUCAGAUAUCGAUGAUGAUAACAAUUCACAAUUUCAUAAUGACUUACAAAAUGCAGCUAAUCAUAAAAGUUUUACUGAGCAAAAUCACGAAUAACAUGAUUCGGGCGAGAUUUGGGUUCAUUAAAUGAUUGAAACAAUUGAAUUUGUUUUGGGAGGAAUCAGCAAUACGGCAUCAUAUCUUCGUCUUUGGGCUUUAUCAUUAGCACAUGGUUAAUUGGCGGAGGUGUUCUAUGAUAUGUGUUUGGCUGGCAAAUUAGAUACAGGAGGCAUCAUAGGUGGGUUUUUGGGAGGGUACUUUUAUAUCAUCUUUGCUUUGCUUACUUUUGGAGUGUUAAUGACAAUGGAUGUUAUGGAAUGCUUUUUGCAUGCUCUUCGUUUGCAUUGGGUUGAAUUUCAGAACAAGUUUUAUAAAGCUGAUGGACAUUUGUUUAAUGGGUAUUCUUACAAAAAAUUAUUGAAUGACAACCUGAAAUCAUCGAAUUCAAAAUGA